AUGGAAAAGCAGAAUUUUUUAUUGCCGUUUGCGUUCACCAAAUCAUCGUCGUUCAAUGAAUCUGAUGUGUUGAACAAGACCCCGAGGCAAAAGUCGGUAAUUGAUGAGAAUGCUAGUAGUAUUUACCAUACAAGAAGGACCGUGGAGUCAAAUGGCAUUGAGAGACCAAGUUUGCAAGUGAAUGUCGCUCCCUCAUUGAAGCGAAGAAUGGGGAGGAGUUUCAACGACAAGGAUGACAUAAAGAAAGUAGCUGUUGAGAACAAAUACUCUGAUUCGGGUUCCGAAUACGAGGAAGAGCCAACAUUAAUUGACGAGGAUAUGGUAAAUGAUAGUGCCCAGCUACCACCAAGCAGCCCGGUUGGACGUCACCUGGAAAGUGAAUUGAUGUCUGAGUUCGAUUUUGCCACCAACCCUACAACCAGUUUUCAAGUACCGAAGUCACCACCUAAAAAGUAUGACGGUAAUAGGGACGUUAUCAAAACAUCACCUCAAAAACCAGCCAGUUCAGAACCCGAUUUUGGAAUUGAUAGGUUUAACAGAUAUAGGGUUAGUUUCAAUGAUAAAUCAAAGCAUGAGCCGUCAUCGUCAACGCAGGAUGAAGACGACAACGAUGCAAGACUAGAACUACAAAGCAUUGCCUACAACAAAGCAAGGGCUAUCAUUUUGGAUGCAUUCGAGAACGUGAAAACAGUGAUUGAUUUGCAAGCGAUGAAUUUAUAUGAAGUACCGGAUGAAAUUAAGGACUUGAAUAAUUUGGUGAUAAUUGAUAGUUUCAGUGAGGAGGCUUCUAUCGAGUUUCCAUAUCAGUUGUACCUCACUGGGAACCAAUUGACUCAGCUUCCACCAUCAUUGUUCAAGUUUACAAAAUUACAAGUUUUGUCUUUGAGAAGGAAUAAGCUAAGAUCUAUUCCACCUCUCAUAGGGAAAUUGGUAAACUUGAUUGACUUGUCUUUGAGUUCUAAUAAGCUUGAAUUCUUCCCAUAUCAAAUUCUUCAGUUGAAAAAGCUAUCGAAUUUCACGUCUGGGCCGAACCCGUUUGCCGCUGUUCCCGACGAUGCUGUGCCAUUGAGUAGUAAAGAUGCAACUACUUUCGUACCUAAAUACAAAUCAUCCAUAAGGUAUCUAGCCUCCAAAUUUAGUGAGUUGCCAACAUUGAAAACAUUAUGUCUUGACGUCAUCGCAAAGCAUGACGUGUCAUAUUCCGAAACGAGAUUAUGGAAGAGACACACUCCCAAAAUUCACCACAAGUUAAUUGUCGAGGCAUUAAGGAAAGGAAAUUUUCAAGAUACUUGCUCAGAGUGCGAUAUCAUCGUCGUGGAGCCCAUGGCCGAGGUUUUGGAGUGGUGGGACAUCUUACAGAAUAAAAAUGUUCCUAUACGACGACAAUUUUGUUCCCAAAGAUGUGUAAAGAGAUAUGAAGAGGGAUGGGGUGCAUAA